AUGGCGCUUAAUAGAAAAUAUGCGGCACUGCCAGACCUAGAUUGUGCCCCAGAUAUCUACGAGACUCCAGAGUUGACCGAUGACAACUCUAUAGUUCCGACGACUGCAGGUCGAACCCUUUCCGACGAUGAAUUCGGUGUAGACGACGACUCCCAGAACAUCUCGCGGUCGAGAUUGCGCAUUAAUGAAGCGCGCUCUCGGUUUUCCCCCGCCACUAUUGAUAUCAGCGGAGCAGACUUCUCAGACCGUGUUGACGGAAAGCGGCGAUCGUACAAAGCCUCCAGCCGCCGCCAACGGAUACUACAAGACGGGACAGAGGAGCUAGGAGACCUUUCUGAUGAUGACGAUGCGGAAAGCUUGGAACGGAAGAUUGCUCGCCUGAAGCGAGAAGUAGAAGAGACCAAAGACGAAUAUGCCAAGCGGAAGGCAGCUGCAGCCGGCGACGACGAUGCCUCCCCGGGCGACAUACGACUAGAAUCUCUAAGCCAAACCUUGGAUGACCUAUCUAGACGCUCUGGCAUCACCAGCGUCAAGAAGUUCGAUCUGACAGCCUCCAAUGCAGAUGAACCUGCCACGGAAUCACUUGAUGUCGGACCAACGUACACCAUAACCUACGCACCCACUUACGAACAAACGCAUGCACUUGCCAAAGCUGCGGAUUUCGAUCGCAGGCUGUUAGUUUUAGAGAGGAGCCUCGGCAUCAGCUCGUCGUUCAUGCCAGAAGCUGGAGAAGGCGGGCUCCCUCGAGCAAUCCUACCUACCCUCGACUCUCUAGAGAAGCAAGUUUCGGCCCUGUCGCAGGCAUCAACUGCCAACCUGGACACAAUCAGCCGCCGAGUACGAGCACUGGCCUCUGAGCAGGACAAGCUAAAUGAAUCACGCGAAAAAGCUAAGGCUCUGCGGGAAGAGCUCGGCAAGCACGCAGGGUCCUCGCCAGCUGACACCUCUGAGCAAGAGGCUAAGAUCAACGCCUUAUAUGCAAUCCUCCCUACAAUUGAAAACCUUACGCCUAUACUGCCCCCUCUCCUCGACCGUUUACGGUCACUUAGAGCCAUUCACGCCGACGCCGCAACCGCCAGCCAGACCCUCGACCAGAUUGAGAAGCAGCAGGCGGAAAUGGCAACAGAAAUCAAACAAUGGAAAGAAGGCAUUGAGAAGCUGGAAAACACUGUGACCAGAAGCGACGAAGUCAUGAAGCAAAAUGCAGAGGUCUUGGAAAGCUGGGUAAAGGGCUUGGAGCAGCGAUUAGAGACGCUGACACAGAGCCAGUAG